AUGGACGGAAAUACAGAGCUGUGUCAUGUCAGUUUAAAAACCCCCAAAACUCAGACUCAUCCAGCCCAGAAAGUGCAAGUGCAACAGAAUGGAGUACGACACUGCUCCUACUCGGCAUCAAGGAAAAAUCUGUAUAUUAACAAAAAUACGAAGGUUAUCUGUCAGGGUUUUACAGGCAAACAGGGCACUUUUCACAGCCAGCAGGCAUUGGACUAUGGCACCAAUCUAGUUGGAGGAAUUUCUCCAGGGAAAGGGGGAAAAACUCAUCUGGGUCUGCCUGUGUUUAAUUCUGUGAAGGAGGCCAAAGAACAAACUGGUGCUUCUGCCACUGUUAUAUACGUACCUCCUCCGUUUGCUGCUGCUGCGAUAAAUGAAGCGAUCGAUGCAGAAAUGCCCUUAGUUGUAUGCAUUACUGAAGGUAUUCCCCAGCAGGACAUGGUUCGAGUUAAACACAGACUGCUUCGGCAGGAUAAGACUCGACUAGUGGGCCCGAACUGCCCUGGAGUCAUCAACCCUGGAGAAUGUAAAAUUGGUAUCAUGCCUGGUCACAUUCACAAGAAGGGAAGAAUUG